UCGCAUUAUAAAAUUGGAUGACAAAACGUAUAAAUAGACAAAUCUUCUCGUUGUAUCGACAUUCAGCUAGUUUCGCUGAGCUGGUAUCGACAAUGCGGAUUCUUUUGGUGACUCUAUUGGCGGUUGCUGCCUACGCAGCAGAAGAACAAAUUCCAACAACAUUCAGGCCGUUCCGGUUCAGCACAUUGCAACCGUCAACCAACGACCCCUUCAGAUAUUACAACCGUUACUCCGCUUCUGAUGCUGGCAAAUACGACCCCGGUAAAUACGACGCAGGAAAAUACGACGCUGGUAAAUACGACCCCGGCAAAUACGACCCAGGAAAAUAUAACCCCAGCAGAUACGACCAGACUGGCCGCUAUAUUCCUGACAACUCUGGUGCAUACAACGGUGAUCGUGGGGACCGCGGCGGCGCCGGUGGUUUCUACACUGGAUCCUCAGACAAAGGUGGCCCGGGAGGUUUCUACAAGGGCUCAAAGGAUGAUAUUGAAAAAUACAAGCCUGUACCCCAAGUCAGCCCCACAGCUGCUCUUAAGCCAGUGACCACAGCUGCGCCAGUUACACCUGUAUACGUCAGCACCACUUACAAGCCCAUCGUUGUACCAAAAGUCGUCGUCCAACCUACUGGCUCUUACGACUACAAAUAUGGAAUCAUUCGCCAAGAAGCGGAAAUUCAACCUGAUGGAUACCACUACCUCUAUGAAACUGAAAAUAAAAUCCUCGCUGAAGAAGCAGGUCGCAUCGAGAAAAUUGGAGAAUCUGAAGGCAUGAAGACUAGGGGUUUCUUCGAAUACAUCGGCCCAGAUGGAGUCAAGUACAGAGUUGAUUACACAGCUGAUGAAAGAGGCUUCUUGCCCGUUGGCGAUCAUUUGCCUUAAGUUACGCUAGUGUAUAAAACACAAUGUGAUUGUACCUGUUACCUAUGUAUAAAGUUGUUACCACCCUAUUAAAAGAUAUUUUAAUGUA